UCCUCAAACCAAGAUGCUCACAUGCUGCUUCCCGAAGUCUGGAAGCUGCAGGCGGAAGAAAGCGCGCCCUGCAGACGCUGUUCCCCAAUGGGGAUUUCAUGUCAGGGCUCCCCACCGCCUCUGGCCAUUUGGCCAGAAGGACAGAAAGAAGGCCAUGGAGGACAUGGAGAGGCAGCUGGCAUAUAUGCCCUCCUCCCUGACAGAAGGGUUGACCCCACAGGCAUCCCGAGAAACAGGUGCUGGGGAUUGCCGGGCAAGACCUCCGACACCAUGCAGACCACUGUCCCAGGUGGUCGUCCACCGAACAGUGGUCCAGGAGCCGGAGCCCCCGGAGGCCGAGGCCGAGGAUGCUCCACCACCUGAGGAGCUAGAGCCGGAUCUGGAGGGAGGGCUGGUGCCUGCAGUGACUUCAGGAGGAGACCAGGAGCCGGCAGGUGACCCGGCACCUGCCCAAGGAGAGCCUGGCGCUGUCCAGGAAGAACUGGCACCUGCUCCUGCCCCAGCACCUGCCCCUGCCCCUGCUACAGUUCCUGCCACUCCCCCUUCCCCCACCCCAGCCCCUGCCCCUGCCUCGGACCCAGAUCCUGCCCCUGUCCCUGCCCCUAUCCUAACCCCUGCCCCUACUCCUGCUCCUGCAGGGCUCCCACAGCCACAUCCAGAGCCCACAUCCCUGCAGGGAGAGCUCCUUGUACAAUUACCCUUAGUUCCAUCGCCAGAACCCGAGACCCCGCCCCAUUGUUUCAUCCCCUCCCCCUGUGUUCUUUCUCUCUGGUACAUAUUAACUGAUAUUUUAUCCUUACAUGUCCUAUACACUGUGUAUUAUUUGUUUUAAAUAAAAUUACUUGUUUUCAAUUGAACACAUCAUGAGCAUUAAGUACAUGCCCAACGCUGUGCCACCACACCCCAGAAUAUUGCCGCAGAAUAUCUCAUUCCCCAAAGGAGUCCCCGAAACAGAAGCCCUCCCUGCCCGUUUCUCCUCCAGCCCAGACCAUGGCAACCCCUAAGCUACUUUCUCUCU